UUGGUUUUACCAUGUCUACCGCCAGUGUACUACAAGUACGGAUAUGGCUAGCGGUACUUUGUAUUUGCAGUAGUGGUUUAUAUGCUCAACAAGGACUAUGGUUUGCGUACCAAUAUCCCUUCAGCCAGGCAUUUUCAGUGGGAAGUUUGGGCCAGUCGUAUGCAUCCUCACCAAGUUCCUCGUAUAGUUCAUCAUACAACACCUACAUUCCCUCAACAUAUCCGCCAUAUCCUAUUAACGCGGCGACAACUGGCGCUCCAGUUCAACCGACUCCAGCUCCGGCCCCGCCGAGUCCAGUAACCACCGCCCGGCCCAUCACUCCGGCCCCCGCAACCGCCCCACCUCCGACACCAGCCACGCCGGCACCCACUCCCGGCCCCACACAGCCUCCGACAACGACAACCACUACAGCGUCGGCACCGGCGCGAUGCGGCAUACCCAACGGGGAUGCCAAUUUCUUCAUUAAUCAGCAGCGCAGUCGCGAUGAGGAAGAUGUGGAAAUCCGGCGGGUGUUCUUCAAGAAUGGUCAGCCGUCCAGAUUCGUGACCGUCCCAAAGAUUGUCGGUGGACAAGUCGUGCCAGGAGGUACCGGCACUGAAUGCUGGCAGGUUGGAUUUUGGAGCCCGAAUAACGCCAUUGUAUGCGGCGGGAGCAUUGUCGGUAGUCGCACCAUCGUUACCGCCGCCCACUGUAUCGACGACACUCUCAAGAUCACCUUUAAUGUCACCGUGGGUCUCAUCAGCACGUCGUGGAAUAACCAACCCACCCUCGACACACUGUUUCCGUCGAGAGUGCCAAAUUGCUUUCGUAGUUACGGUGUGCAGCAAAUCAUCCGACAUCCCCAGUACGUUCCCCCGAGUUUAGUCAACGACAUUGCCAUUGUGAUUUUGAAUGAAGCCAUCGACUUCACGGCGGAAGGGGCCUGUGCCUGUAAAAUCUGCUUGAAACGCACACCGCCCACCAUGGGAGCCAGAUGCAUGACAUCCGGGUGGGGCGCGGAAGAGCAGUAUGCCACUGGCAUGGCCGCUCCGCCCAAUGUUAACCCUGUCCACGCGCUGAAGUACGCCUCACAGGUGGUUUUGUCGCUAACGGACAGCAAAUGCAGCAGUCUACAGGCCAGUGAUACGGUGAUCUGUGCUGGAGGCGUGGUCGGGCAGGAUUCCUGUCAGGGUGACAGCGGUGGGCCGUUCUUCUGCCCGGAUGCGGCCACCAAUCGGCAGUAUUUGGGUGGAGUGGUCAGUUUUGGGUUUGGAUGCGGCGAUGGAGCGGGAGGGGGAUACACCGACGUAUCCAGAUAUAUCAAUUUCAUCCAGUCGAACGCUUUUCCGGGCGACGAUCUCGUCAUAAUAUAA